CCCAAAAUUAAAAAAAAAAAAAAUACUUUCUCUCUGAUCGACGAUUAAUCCAAAAAACGCACCGUCGUCCUCCUCCCGAAUCGGACGUCGUAACCCUCACCUCCAGCCGCAUCCACGCCGCCGGUGUCGAUAAGCAAAACGGAACUCGAAACCAUAACCGGCAACCCGGAAAACGGAAAACGACUUCCGUUUUUUCAAAUUUUCGCGGCCGGGGGUUCGUUUUCCGGUGAUUUAAGAGGUGCGCACAAUUGUUGACCUGCGCACCCUUCCAUUUUUGGAAAAUCUUGACCUUAUUAGUCAAAAACUCUGCUUAUCAUCUCUAUGUUGAUAUAAAGGUUAUCAAAUAAGAUUGUGAAGGCUGCUUUGCAUUCACUGCUGUGUUGCUUACAGUGCUGAAGGCGGGAAUAAUUUUCUAUUUUUUGGAUUUCUAUGUAAGAGAAUGGCUUUUUUUAGGAAUUAUUCCAAUGAAGCAGUCUCACACAGUGUCCUAGAAGGGAAAGGCCAGGGGGAUAACGUUAAUAAUAUUAUUCAUAGUUCUGUAAGAAAUGAGGAUGUAGAUGGCACAUGUAGUGAAAGAGAAUUUGAUAUGAACAUGGAUCUGCAGUAUCAGAGUGAUGGGGAGCCAGAUGAUACUGUUAGGCUGCAAGAUGAGGAAGCUGUUGAUGCUGGUGUUGGUAGAGGGAAUUCACAUGUUCAGCCUCCAGGCACAAGGACAGUUCCUGGAAGAUGGGGUUCAACAUUUUGGAAGGAUUGUCAGCCCAUGGACCACCAAGCUGAAUUUGAGUACAGACAAGAUUCAAAAUCUGACCAUAAGAAUGUGGAAAGUCUGGAAGAUAAUUCAUCUAUGGAGAGGACUGGCAGAUCAGAGUCUGAAGAUGAUGAGGGGCAGAAAGCCAAGGCUCAAAGGGUCCAUUCUGAUGUUCCUGCGGAGGAAAUGUUAUCGGAUGAAUACUAUGAGCAGGAUGGGGAAGGUCAAACCGAUACAAUGCAUUACAGAGGGUUUAGCCAUUCUGCUGGGUCGAACUCUAGGCCACAGUCGAAGGCUAUGUCUGCUAACAUGAAUAAGUCUAGAAGUUCAAGAGCCUUAAAUAAUCGUGAAUAUGAUUAUGGGAAUGACAAUGACAACAAUGAUGAUGGAGACGCAGAUUAUGAAGAAGAGGAUGAGGAAGAUGAAGAUGACCCUGAUGAUGCAGAUUUUGAGCCUGACUAUGGUGACACAAGCGGAUAUGCAGGGAACAAGGAUAAAGAUUGGGAUGGUGGAGAUACAGAUGAAGAGGACAAUAGUGAUGAUGACAUAGAUGUCUCAGAGGAAGAUGAUUCUUAUUAUGCAAAAAGGCCCAAGGGUAAGCAACAGGGAAAAGGUGGACGCAAUAUAAAACCUGCUAGAGAACGCAAAGCUCCUAGCAGACCUAAAAGAGGGAAAUCAUCUUUCGAAGAGGAUGAGUACUCAGCUGAGGAUUUUGAUAGUGAAAAUGAUGAGAAUUUCAAGAGCAUGACAAGAAGAGGUGCAAAUCUCCGUAAAAGUAAUGCCCGUGCAACUAUUUCAAUGGAUAUUGGACGAAACAAUGAGGUCCGGACAUCUAGUAGGUCUGUUCGGAAGGUAUCAUAUGUAGAGAGUGAAGAAAGUGAAGAUAUUGAUGAAGGCAAGAAGAAAAAGUUACCAAAGGAUGAAGUUGAAGAGGAAGAUGGUGACUCAAUUGAAAAGGUGCUAUGGCAUCAGCCAAGGGGUCUGGCUGAAGAAGCUAUAAGAAACAACAGAUCAACUGAGCCUGUUCUGUUAAGCCACUUGUUUGAUACUCCACCUGAUUGGAAUGAGAUGGAAUUCUUGAUAAAAUGGAAAGGCCAGUCACAUUUGCACUGUCAAUGGAAAUCAUUUUCUGACCUACAAAAUCUUAGCGGUUUUAAGAAGGUCUUAAAUUACACAAAAAAGGUGAUGGAGGAAGUAAGGUACAGGAAGUCACUCUCACGUGAGGAGAUAGAGGUCAAUGAUGUUAGUAAGGAAAUGGACUUGGAUCUUAUCAAGCAAAACAGUCAGGUAGAGAGGAUAAUCUCUGAUCGGAUUAGUAAAGAUGGCUUAGGAAAUGUGAUGUCAGAAUAUCUAGUCAAGUGGCAGGGAUUGUCUUAUGCGGAAGCAACUUGGGAGAAGGAUGUAGAUAUCGCAUUUGCUCAGGAUGCUAUUGAUGAGUAUAAGGCUCGUGAUGCUGCAAUGUCUGAACAAGGGAAAAUGGUGGAUCACCAGCGGAAGAAGAGCAAAGCAAGUUUAAGGAAGCUUGAUGAACAACCUGAGUGGUUACGGGGAGGAAAGCUUCGUGAUUAUCAACUUGAGGGUUUGAAUUUCCUUGUUAAUAGCUGGAGAAAUGAUACAAAUGUGAUUUUAGCUGAUGAAAUGGGUCUUGGUAAAACUGUUCAGUCAGUAUCUAUGCUUGGUUUCUUACAGAAUGCUCAACAAAUUCCUGGACCAUUUCUUGUUGUUGUACCAUUAUCCACAUUAUCAAACUGGGCUAAAGAAUUUCGGAAAUGGCUUCCUGAUAUGAAUGUUAUCAUAUAUGUUGGUACUCGUGCAAGCAGAGAGGUCUGUCAGCAAUAUGAGUUUUAUAAUGAUAAGAAAGUUGGCAGGCCUAUUAAAUUUAAUGCCCUACUUACUACAUAUGAAGUAGUUCUGAAGGAUAAAGCUGUUCUAUCCAAGAUAAAGUGGAAUUAUUUGAUGGUUGAUGAAGCUCACAGGUUAAAGAAUAGUGAAGCACAGCUGUAUACAACUCUUUUGGAAUUUAGCACCAAGAACAAGUUGCUGAUAACUGGCACUCCAUUACAAAACAGUGUUGAGGAGUUAUGGGCUCUACUUCAUUUCCUUGAUCCUGAUAAAUUUAGGAGUAAGGACGAUUUUGUUCAAAAUUACAAGAAUCUCAGCUCAUUCAAUGAAAAUGAGCUUGCUAAUCUUCAUAUGGAAUUGCGGCCUCACAUUCUUCGGAGGGUUAUUAAGGAUGUGGAGAAGUCUUUGCCUCCCAAAAUUGAGCGUAUCCUUCGGGUUGAGAUGUCCCCUCUGCAAAAGCAGUACUACAAGUGGAUUUUGGAACGCAAUUUUCAUGAUUUGAACAAGGGAGUUCGUGGCAAUCAGGUUUCACUUUUGAAUAUAGUGGUAGAGUUGAAGAAAUGCUGCAACCAUCCAUUUCUAUUUGAAAGUGCUGAUCAUGGUUAUGGUGGGGACACAAGCUUGAAUGAUAGCAGUAAACUGGAGAGAAUCAUCCUAAGUAGUGGGAAGCUAGUUAUACUGGACAAGCUGCUGGUCAGAUUGCAUGAGACUAAGCAUCGUGUUUUGAUCUUUUCUCAGAUGGUGAGAAUGUUGGAUAUACUAGCAGAGUAUAUGUCCCUUAGAGGGUUCCAAUUCCAGAGGCUUGAUGGUAGUACAAAAGCAGAGUUGAGGCAGCAGGCUAUGGAUCAUUUUAAUGCACCUGGCAGUGAUGAUUUCUGCUUCCUUCUUUCUACUCGGGCUGGUGGUCUUGGUAUCAACCUGGCAACUGCUGACACUGUUAUAAUAUUUGAUUCUGACUGGAAUCCCCAAAACGACCUACAGGCAAUGAGUAGAGCUCACAGAAUAGGGCAACAAGAAGUGGUCAACAUUUAUAGAUUUGUUACAAGCAAAAGUGUUGAGGAGGACAUCCUGGAGCGAGCCAAGAAAAAGAUGGUUCUUGAUCAUUUGGUGAUCCAAAAAUUAAAUGCAGAGGGUCGACUUGAGAAGAAAGAAACAAAAAAAGGAAGUUACUUUGAUAAAAAUGAGUUGUCAGCAAUUUUGAGAUUUGGGGCUGAGGAAUUGUUCAAGGAAGAAAAAAAUGAUGAGGAAAGCAAGAAAAGGUUGUUAAGUAUGGACAUUGAUGAAAUUCUUGAAAGGGCAGAGAAGGUUGAGGAAAAGGAGGGUGGGGAGCAAGGGAAUGAAUUGUUGAGUGCUUUUAAGGUUGCUAACUUCCGUAGUGCUGAAGAUGAUGGAAGUUUUUGGAGUCGUUGGAUAAAACCAGAUGCCAUAGCCCAAGCUGAAGAAGCUUUAGUUCCUCGUGCUGCAAGAAAUACCAAGAGUUAUGCAGAGGCAAGCCAGCCUGAGAGAAGUAAUAAAAGAAAAAAGAAAGGAUCUGAGCCUCAGGUACCUCAGGAAAGAGCCCAAAAGCGGCGUAGAGCAGAAAACUCUGCUCCUUCUGCACCGAUGAUUGAGGGAGCAACUGCUCAAGUGAGAGGAUGGUCUUAUGGGAAUCUGCCUAAGAGAGAUGCAUUGCGAUUUUCCCGUGCGGUUAUGAAGUUUGGAAAUGAGAAUCAAAUCAACUUCAUAGCAGAAGAGGUUGGUGGUACAGUUGCUGUUGCUCCACAAGAAGCGCAGAUUGAACUCUUUGAUGCUUUGAUUGACGGAUGCAGAGCUGCAGUUGAAGGAGGAAGUCUGGACCCAAAGGGACCAUUGUUGGAUUUUUUUGGGGUUCCUAUUAAGGCUAGUGAUGUACUCAAUCGUGUUCAAGAACUACAACUUCUAGCAAAGCGAAUAAGUAGGUAUGAGGAUCCCAUUAGACAGUUCCGAGUGUUGGCAUACCUUAAACCAUCAAAUUGGUCCAAAGGAUGUGGCUGGAAUCAGAUUGAUGAUGCAAGGUUGCUUCUGGGAAUACACUACCAUGGAUUUGGCAAUUGGGAAAAGAUACGGUUAGAUGAAAGGCUUGGCCUGACGAAGAAGAUUGCUCCUGUGGAACUUCAACACCAUGAAACUUUUCUGCCACGUGCACCAAAUCUAAAAGAACGUGCUAAUUCACUUCUUGAAAUGGAGCUUGCUGCUGUUGGGGGAAAGAAUGCAAAAACUAAAGCAGGUCGGAAGACUUCCAAGAAGGAGAGGGAGAAUGUUGUGAAUGUUCCAGUUUCUCGCAGCAGAGACAAGAGGGGAAAACCUGGUUCCCCUAAGGUCAGUUUCAAAAUGGGCAAGGACAGAGCUCAGAGGCCACAGAAAGUUGAACCUUUAGCAAAGGAAGAGGGUGAGAUGUCAGACAACGAGGAAGUUUAUGAACAGUUCAAGGAAGUGAAAUGGAUGGAAUGGUGUCAAGAUGUCAUGAUUGGUGAAAUCAAAACUCUUGAACGUCUUCAGAAGUUGCAGACUACUAGUGACAGGCUUCCGAAGGAAAAGGUGCUAUCAAAAAUUCGGAAUUACUUGCAGCUUCUUGGACGAAAGAUAGAUCAGAUUGUGCUAGAACAUGAGGAUGAACUGUAUAAACAAGAUAGGAUGACAGUGCGAUUAUGGAACUAUGUCUCUACAUUUUCCAAUCUCUCUGGUGAGAAGCUGCAUCAGAUUUAUUCCAAGCUUAAGAAGGAGCAGGAAGAGGAGAGGGGGGUUGGGCCCUCGCAGGUCAAUGGCUCUAUAUCUGGUUAUUUUGAUAGGGAUGGUGAUUCUAAUUACUUUCCUCCUCUCUCACGUCUUAGUGAGAAGCAAAGAGGGCACAAGAAUGCAGUGGGUUAUCAAAUGUCUGAACCAGUUCACAAGGGUAUUGAUAUAGCCAAGUUUGAAGCGUGGAAAAGGAGGAGGAGGGCUGAAGCUGAGUCUCAUUCCCAACCUCCACCAACAUCUCAACGACUUACAAAUAAUGGUAACCGAAUCAUAGAUCCAAGUUCCCUGGGAAUUUUGGGGGCAGGACCAUCUGACAAGCGUCUUAUUAAUGAGCGACCUCGUCGGAUGCGUCAAACUGGAUUUCCUUCAAGGCAAGGUUUCUCCUCAGGCAUUAAGUAGCCUUUUUGAGCCCCAUGAGACGAUUGUUGUUUGAAGUUGAAGAGUUAAGCUAAUUGGCUCUGACCUGGUGGCAUGCACUGCUUCAGCUAGUGAACAUUCUCCGGGAUUCUUUUUGACCAUGGAAAUAAAAGAUCUGCAAAUUCCAGUCCAGUUUUUUGCAGCUGAUUGAAGAAAUUAACAAUCUGAUGGGAUUUGCAUCCUAAAAACACGGCUGAGGAAGAAGGCCAAACCCAAGAGGAUCGAUUAACAUAAAGCAAGACUAGCAGUCUUCGUUUUGUUUUUCUUCUAUGAAAUGAGACCAGUAAUUUGUUCGAGUAAAUAGUCAGAAAUAGGGGCAGAAAAAGUCUCAAUUCAAUUUGAAAUAUAGGUGGAUGAGCGAAACAAUUUUUUUUUCGUGGAACUGGCAAAGACAUUUUUUUUGUUUCCUAAGUCCAAAAAAAGUUGUACAUUAUCAAUUUUGCUUAAUUUUGUACUGUUUACAACACGCGAAAUUGUUCUCGCGGUCGUGUUGUAAAAACUUUUUCGGCAAUCCGAUGAUUAGUCUCAAUACUUUGUAGUA